AUGCCAGACGUUGAAAUGGGUAACUCUGCCACUGCGGCUUCUGCUAAGUCCGAGAGACUCCCCAUCACAGUCUCCAAGCCCACUCCUUAUACAUUUGACUUGGGCAACCUGAUGGUCAACGACCCGAACCUCCUAGAGCUUCCUCAGGGAGAGCCCCUCAACGAUUCGCUCCGAGCGAUCGCCCGCGACGGCGCACAGGUUCUGCUGAACCAGCUCCUGACAACAUGCAACAUCACCUCGUCUGCUCAAAAUGGUGUGCUUCUCAACCUUCCACCUGCUGCCACCGCUGUUCCUCGCCACAAGCCUCUGCCUACCCCCAAGCCUCCCACCAAGUGGGAGCUCUUCGCUCGCAAGAAGGGUAUUGGCAAGUACAACCAGAACCCUGGUGCUGCACUUGCGGACAAGGAACGCCGCAAGAAGUUAGUGUAUGAUGAGGCGUCGGGCGAGUGGGUGCCCCGAUGGGGUUACAAGGGCAAGAACAAGCCUGAAGACACUCAAUGGGCUGUUGAGGUCAAGGAGGAGGACUGGAAGAAAGAGGAGGCUGCUGCUGCCAAGGGUGGCUCGAUUCGCGGUAUGAACCGUGCCGAACGGAAGGACCGUAUCAAGAGAAAUGAGCGUAAGGAACGGGCCAACGAGCGCCGUUCGAGAAAGCCUUGA